AUGACUUCGAACCAAUUCAGUCAUUCAAAACAAACGAAGGGAGAAGUGAAAUCCCUCACCGCCGCAAUCGUUCCGGUCAUUCUCGAAGUUCCGCUGCAAUGGCGUCCCGAAAAGGCGGAGUCUCUCUCCCGGAACGGCGAGGGUCCAAGGCCGAAGGCAACAAAAACGGCAUAAUCUCCAGGUUCUACCAGUCUUCAGCGGUGUCUCGAGGAAGAGAGGCUGCUUCUAACGCCGUCUUCGUCUCCAAGAAGCUCCUCCGAAGCACUGGAAAAGCUGCCUGGAUCGCCGGCACCACUUUCCUCGUCCUUGUCGUCCCUCUCAUCAUCGAAAUGGAUCGCGAGCAGCAGCUGAACGAGCUCGAGCUCCAGCAAGCUAGUCUUCUUGGAGCCCCUUCUGUUGGCCCGCCGCUUAAGUGAGUUGUUGGCCGCGUCGAUGCUUGAUGGAGGCCCAUCGAUGAAAUUUCUUGUGUUGGAGAUUAUUGGGGAAGGUUUCUCAAUCAUGGACAUUUUGGGCUCUCCUUGUCCAUUUAUAAAAAGCAAAAGUUUGGCCAUUCAAGACAGACAGCCACAGCCAUAAAGGUUGAAAAAUUGUUAAAGUCCUUCUUUUGGUAGCGCAGGAUCCUACCAUUUUUCUGCUAUUGAACUUUUACUUUUGGUGUUUUAACUGGUUGUGGUUGAACUAUGUUUAAAUUUUUUGAAUAAAAAAUUCUUAGACCUUGAACAAAGCAAGUAGAUAAUUUGAAA